CUGGUUUACAGGUAUAUACAAAGCAGAAAUCUUAUGUUCAACCAAGGUUGUGCUACAUUUCUGUAAAAAUUUAUAUUUUAUUCAGAUUUCUAUAAAGUUAAGUGGCCAUUGGAUAUAUAUUAGCGCAUUUAAAGAAGUUUCAGUAUGAAAAACGAGCUGCUUCUGUUGUUCUUACAACUCAAUUUGGUUUUUGGAACAGUUAACAAAUGUGGCUACAACCUUUUACAACAAUGUUACUGCGGCCUGCAAUUUCAUGACAACCGAUCUAUGUUCGUGGUGGAAUGUGCUGGACUGGGUUUCACUAAUACGGAUAUGCUACGAGAACUUCCCGAUGAAACGGAGAUGUUGAUUUUUACUGGAAAUCAUGUGGGGACUUUACCUAGUAACGUGUUCGGGGAGAACAGAAAUAUGACUAACCUGAGAAUUAUCGAUAUGAGUAACAAUGGAAUUCAAGAUAUUAAAGGAAAAGCUUUUCAUCAUGUAAUAGGUGUGACGCGUCUUAUUCUUAAUCACAACAACAUCUCAAUAUCUGCUCAAUACGAUAAAAACUUCCAUCACCCCAGAGUUUUUUCCAAUUUCAUUAAUUUAGAAGAAUUACAUCUAACUAACGCUUUCGCAGAUAAUACAGGAGCUGCAUUAGCUGACGAUCUUCAUGACAUUUUUGUCAACAGUAAUCUCACGAAAUUAUACAAAAUACAUCUGGAGCAGAACGAGAUUAAAAACUUUAAAGACGAUAGAGUGUUUUGUGAUUUGCCUAAUAUACAUGAUAUAUAUUUGGGUAACAACAACAUCCCUAGCCUGAAUUUUAAUAUAACCUGCUUACCUAAACUACGUUAUUUAGAUUUGGAAAAGAACAACAUCACGAAAUUCUCUUAUCAGGACCUGGAAAAUUUCGAUAAAUUGGCUUAUCCUUAUAGAACAACCCAAAAUCUUACUCUAGAUAUUGACGGCAAUCCCUUCCGAUGCGACCAAGCUAUAAAUAAUCUCUACAAUUGGUUGCAUAAAACCAACGUGAAAGUAAGAGAUUUGGAAAUGUUACAAUGCCAUCAAAUAAAAUAUGGAACUGAAUAUAUAAUGAAUUUGAAAAUAUUGGCGGAAUCUAAAAACGCCAAAAUCUCUCAAGCGUUAACUGUACUAUUAAUAGUACUUGUUUUUAUUUUGUUGACUCUUCUGAGCGCUUACGCUUAUUUGAAAAAAGAUAGUGUAAAAAGUAGCUUGAGUCCAAUUUUCGAGAGUGUUACAAGAAAAGUACAGUAUAAUAAAAUAGAAUCUCAGGAUGUUUACGUUUAAUUCUCUUUAGAAUGUUUUUUUUAAUUGUAGGCGACAAGGGGGAAUAUUCGUACUAAAUUCUUUUAGAGAAAUAUAAAUUGUCAACUGGCUUUAGGGCGAUAACGUUGGCUUAGAUGUUAAUACUUGUUCACGAAUAGGAACAAAAGAUAGUAGAGAAACUAAUAAAUUGUUUUUUGAACGAUAAAUUAACUCCUAUAUAAAAUGUGUCAUGUAAAUAUGACUGUUUUGUCAUUUUGACAGCGAUAAAAAAGGUGCAUAGCUUUUUAUCACCGAUAAAAACGCCUGUUGCUCUUAAGCGUCUACAUCUAGUAUGCUCUUUAAUGUCUGCACUGCAUUUAAGUACACUUGAGUCCCGCUAGUCCGAACACGCCAACAAGUUCCAGGAAUUGUUGUUUGUAAAAAGAAUAAAUUAUUUGGUUAUUUUACAAAUUAAAAUUAGACAAAGCUGUCUAGAAGGUAAAUUAUGUCGAAAAGAAAUUAAACUAUGUACAAAUAGUUUGUUUAAAAAAUGCAGACUAAAUUGACACAACGUAAACAAUAAACAACAGAACUUGCUGACACAGCAGACCAACGACCUCGUACAAAUAAAACAAUGAUAUUGCGGAUUAUAGGUAAAUUUCAUUCCAUAACUCUUCCCUCCUCAAAUGGAACUCAAGGGCGUAAGGGCGGUGCAGAACUUGAGUGAGCGAUGUCAGGGCUCUUGGGAGUUUCUUUUCUUCUACACAAACUCAAUAUCAAGUGUUUCUUCAUAAAUAUGUAGAUACUGUAAAAGAUUAAGAUUAUUAUCGUGAUACUACUAAAGCCAUAUAUGGAGAUGUUCUGGUGGGUUCGAAUUUCUUCUAGUGGAUUUUCGUCAUUUUCUUGAAAGAGUACUUGAGGAAGUUUAUGCAGGUGAACUUUUUCUAUUUUCAAUUUUUGUACCUUCAUAAACGGGAAAGAAGUUUCGGUAAUCUCUUCUAAUGUUAGGGCUUGUCCUGUAAUUGUACUCUUUUCGUUCGAAUAUGAUACAGAAGAGGUUUUAAUUUGGCAGCUGGGUGGAAUAAUAAAUAGGUAAGUGCCAUGUAAAAUUGCGAUGUCACUAUCUUUGCAAUUCAGUUGCAUCAUCGUUGUCUCUGGAAAAAUACCGAUGUAGUGGCUAUUUCUUAGCUCUUCUAUGAGUUGGAAGUUCGUCUGGACAGGCACUUGCUUGCAGUUAUUUAUGUCACUGAGUGAUAGUAGAGGUGUCACACAGUCUGUUUUCUUCGUUAGCUGGACUCGAUUCUCUUCACAUAGAAAUAUUGAUUGCAGAUCGGUACAUUCUUCUUCUUGGUAUUGGUACAAAUUGUUGCUCAUUAUAAGGAAGGGUGAUUGGGGAAUAAUAAUAGUCUGAUUUAUAUUUUUAUCGGAAUAGUGAUGAUAAUGAUCGAAGGUGUCUGGGUAAACCAGAGGAAAAUCUAUAUAGAAAAUCAACUUAUUGUUCGCAUAAACUACUUUUGAUUUCACUAUCUUAUAAGGAGUCAUCCGCUAGGAAUAAUAUUUGAUCUUUAUUGUGGAAUCUGUGUAAAUCUGUUAUAAUUUCUCUAAAAUGAUCUGGAGAAAUUAAGCUAGGUUGUACGGCAUUUAAUAAAGAAAAACCUAUUGAGUUUUCGAUAUCUGUUAAAAAUCUUAAAAUUAGGUCUAAAUUAAAUUUUAGUUGAUCUAUAAUAUUUCUUAUUUCUAAUAUAUUGAUUAACAUUACUUCUAGAUUCAUUUAAUAUUGUUUGUGUUUUAUUGAAAAUUGAUAUUUGAUUUCUCUUCAAUGUUGAUAAUGUAUCAUUUAAAACAUUCAUAGAUUUUUGGUUUAAUGAAAUAUGAUUAUUGAGUUUUCUUAUAAUUUUAUUUUGGCUAUUUUCUAAUUGAGAAAUACUGUUGUUAAUUUCUAUUGCGUCUUGUUCGUCUAGGUUUCCUGAUACGAAUUUUACGAGAGAUCCUAGACGAUUGAUUAAUGCUCUUUUGGAUAAUUUGUUAGGAAAAAUUGAGAACAUUUUUUUUUUAUUUAUGUUAUCAAUUUUAAGAUGUAAGUGUUUGUACAUUGAAAAAAGUGCAAGUCUAUUGGGAGCUGGUGUUCUAGUAGCUGAUCGUUUGUUUACAAAAACAUGCGCAUGUCACAAACCUUCUAUUAUUCUAGAAACCUGGAUUUUAUUAAUUUUUAAAUAGCGGGACUCUUAACACUAUUUUUAAUUCUGAAGGUGGCUUAUUGAAUAUUUUUUUGGCAUUGAAGGUAAUGAAAUUUUUUACCAGAUCAGACGUGGGUAUUGUUAAGUAAAUGUCCAAUUUUUUUCUUCCAAGAAGUCAGUUUUUUUCGGUUUUUUAUCUUUUCUGAGACAAUUUACCUUGGUGAUGGUAAUAUUUUUUCACACCAUUGGAAAGUACAGAUUUGAAAAAACAAAAAACUAACUUAUUGUUUUAAAAAAGCUGAUAUGGUGAAAGGAAAAUUUUUGGAUUGAAAAUUAGGGUGAUUUUGUGAUAUUAAGUUAAAAUAAGGUGAACAAACAGAUAUUUCAAAUUGAAUAGAUAACAGUAUAUUUGAGACAUAAAAAGGUUUUCACCGAAAAGAUAAAAAUAAAAAAACAAAAUCUGGCUUUUUUCUAUUUUUCAGAUAAAUUUUGAGGUUAUGUGGAAAAUAUGUGAAUAAAAAGUUGAUUUUUUUAUUAUUCACAGCUUCGCUAUUUAACUUUUUUAAAUAAAGUAUUUUUCCUCCAAGUAUUAUUACAUUCUAAUAUUAUUUUCUUUUAUGUUAAAAUUUUAAACUACAAGAAUUUUGAGAAUUAAUUGUUAUUGAAAAAUUGAUAAAAUAUUAUUAGCAAGUGGUUAUUUAGGUAAAUUUGUUGGUAGUUGAUUGAUAGAGAAGUAAAAAUGUCAAGAUUGUUUAUAAGUUCAAAAAAGCAAAGAUUUUUAAUAUAUCUAUCCAUAUAUCUAUGAAUAACAUAGACUGAAAUUUAUACAAUAAAUAAAAACUGAUAAUAAAUUAGAAAAGAAGAUUUAGAUAUUUUGAAUAGGAGGAAGUGCUAGAGAUAUUGAAGUUUGAGUGAUGAAAAACUUUUUUAAAAAUGUGAACAAGGGGUAAUAUAAUAAUACGAGUAAUACUAAAAGGUAUGCGCCAGCCAUAUUGCUUGUGAUUCCAUGAACUCAGUUGCGUUCAUAACAAAUAUUUUUGCUUAGCAUUAUAACACGUUAUUUUUUAAUUCGAAGUACUCGUAGAUCUAGCAACGAAGAAUUAAAUUUUUUUUCAAAAUAUUACUUAAUAUUUAGAUUAAAAAAUACUUGCCCAAAAUAGUCGAGCUUACUCGAUAUAACUUUUGACAUUUUUAUAUAUAUUAUAUAAUGAUGUAAGAGCAAGUUAUCAACAAAAUUUAGUGAGAAAAAUUAGUUGAUUAUAUAUUUUUUGAAAUUUUUUGUAAAUAAUUUUUGUAUAUAUGUAAUACACAUUUUUAGUAUACAUUUUUAUUAAUAA